AUCUUUUUCUCAGAUUUGAGCAAGAAUCGAAGAAUCGAUACCGAAGCGCCGAAAUAGGAGCCUCAUAAAUCAGUACGGUUUUUGGUGGAAUCUGCGGGGUACUGCAAAAAGGAAGAAAAAGGCCAUUAUUUAGAGGCCGUUUAGCGAUUGUGGAGUUGAAGAAAGGGUCGAUUCGCGGAUUCCCCCCUCCGUCAAACUGGUUUAGGAGGCCAAGCCGGAAUGUUGGUCAAAAUCAAAGCCAUCUCGGCGGUUGUGCAACAUCGCGAUUGAGCGAAGAAAUUGAAUAAUACCAGCUAUUGAGUGAGUGCGGGGCUUUGUCGAUUUGGUCGACUCAAUGCAAAAAUCAAGCAAGCAGAUGAGAGUGGAGAAGGUGAAGUGCAGCACCCCCGUACCAAAGUGUUAAUGAAGAAAUUAUAUGAUUCGCGGCCAGCUUGCAAGCAACAAACGUCAAAGUAGGCCGUCGACGGACGACAUUUGAAGGCAAUCCCUCACUGAAACGUCAUAAACUUGUCACCUGAACUAUCGCACCGUAUCUGAACCAUAUCGGACGAGAGCAUCAACAAUAACAGAAGAAAGAAAACAUACAAACAAACAAAACCCCGUUCGGAAUUUCGACCCGAAAGCGGAAAAGUGAAACCCCAAACAAAGCAAAACGAAAACAAAACAAAACACGCGACAACCGCGCAUCCAUUCUAACACCGGCGUGUAAACAAAUUUAUACAAAUUCAAAGCCACCAAUUAAAUAUGUAACGAAAAUGAUGGAAUAACAAAAAUGGUGACUCACACGUUAGAACGCGUUUAGAUUUUUACUCUUUUUUAGGGGUUAUGUCGUCGUGACCACCACAAAAGCGAAUGCCAAACAAAAACUACGAGUGUGAGUGGCGUUAGUUCUGGCCGUCAGCCAACAUAAUGGCGCGAUAAUUAGAUGAAUGAAGGAAACAAGUGAGAAGAAAGAGGGUGAAAAUUAGAAGAGAGUGAAGAAAAUUGGGAGAAGGCACCAAGAUAGCAAUCACGAAAGCGAAGCGAAGAAAGAGAAAGUGAAAAAUUGUAAGAAGUGGUCAAAAUUCGAUAAUUAUAGCACACAAAGUGAGAGAAGAGAGGUUUGGAAGUGUGAAGUGUGAAUUGUGUGUGGCUUGCCCUAGCAUUCUACAGCUUUUUUUUGUUUUAUGUGAUAAAUGAGCUGCGACAUCGCAACUCCGGAAGCAGACAAGGAUCGAGUGUCGGACCAAUGAUGGAUAACCUCUGGACGGUGCUGUUAAUUAUUGGGAUUACGCUUUGUCAGCACACAACAGCUCAACUCCGGACGCCCCGGAUAACGGAACAUCCGAGCGACGUUCUGGUGCCGAAAAAUGACCCGGUGACGCUCAACUGCAAGGCUGAAGGGAAGCCGGAACCCAAGAUCGAGUGGUACAAGGAUGGCGAGCCGGUCAAGUUUACCCCGAACCAUGUGCUGCUCCCGUCCGGGUCGCUGUUCUUCCUGCGGACCGUGCACGGCAAGAAGGAACAGGACGGCGGGGUUUACUGGUGCGUGGCCACCAACGCCGCCGGGACCGUGCUGAGCCGGAACGCGACGCUGCAGAUUGCGGUUCUUCGCGACGAAUUCCGGGUGGAACCCAAGGACACCCGGGUGGCGGCCGGCGAAACCGCCCUGCUCGAGUGUGGCCCGCCCAAGGGAAACCCGGAACCGACCAUCAGCUGGCGCAAGGACGAAAUCAUGCUCGAUCUGGACGACUUCCGGUCGAACAAGGAGCUGGCCCGCGUGCGGAUCGUCGACGGCGGGAACCUGCUGAUCAGCGACGUUCGGCCCACGGACGAGGGCCGGUACCAGUGUAUGGCGCAGAACAUGGUCGGUUCGCGCGAGAGCGUCUCCGCCAAGCUGACCGUGCAAGUGAAGCCCUACUUUAUCAACGAGCCGCCGGAUAUGACGGUGCUGGUGGGCCAGCGGGUCCAGUUCCAGUGUACGGUUGGAGGCGAUCCACAUCCGCAGAUACUGUGGAAAAAGGAAAACGGUCACAUUCCGGUUGGACGGGCCGAGAUCCUGGAGGAGGACCGAAGUUUGGUGAUCAAGAAUGUGGCCCAGGACGAUCAGGGCGUGUACAUCUGCGAGGCGCACAACUCGGUGGGGCAAAUCAGUGCCAAGGCGCAUCUGGUGGUGAAUUCACCUCCAACGUUCAUCAUCAAGCCGCAGGACCAGCGCACGAAUCUGAACGGAGUGGCCACCUUCAAGUGUACCGCCUCGGGGAAUCCACCCCCGUCGGUGUUUUGGACCAAGGAGGGCUCACAGGUGCUCAUGUUCCCGAACAACACCUACGGCAGCGUGCACAUCUCCAGCCAGGGUUCGCUGCAGGUGCGCGGUGCCCAGAAGGAGGACGACGGGUACUUUGUGUGCUCGGCGCUAAGUGUGGCCGGGUCGACGACGAGCAGGGCGUAUCUGCAGGUCACCAGCUCGUUCGACAGCAGCCCGCCGCCGCUGCUGCAGGUGGUCCCGGCCAACCAAACGCUGCCCCGCGGCAGUGUGGCCAUGCUGCCGUGCCGCGGCUCGGGCCCCUUCAGCCCGAAGAUCUACUGGAAGAAGAACGGCACCGACAUCACCGCCCUCGGGGCGCGCUUCUCCAUCGUCCAGGGGGGCACGCUCAAAAUUGACGAUCUCCAACCGGAGGACACCGAUUGGUACUCGUGCGUGGCCUACUCCGAAAAGGGCGAAACAUCAUGGAGUGCCCAUCUGAUGGUCGAGAAGAGCCCAUCAUCGGCCAACUUGCACCGGUCCUCGCACUCCGGCGAUCUGCUUCCGGCGGCCCCGUCCGUCCCCAAGGCGGUCAACAUCACCAACAGUAACGUGACUCUGGUUUGGGCUAAAAGUGGCCCGUCCGGCGAUGGACAAAGCGAUAAGCUGCGGAACAAUCCGGUCACCGGGUACACGGUGGAGUAUUACAGCCCGGACGACAAGGACGGGUGGGUGCGGGCGGUGAGCCGGAUUGCGGCCAACACGGCGACGAUCACCAACCUCAAACCCUCGACGCCGUACAUGUUCAUCGUGCGCGCGGAAAACGUCCACGGCUACUCGGCCCCGUCCCCGCUGUCCAACCUGAUCCGGACGCUGUCCGCCGACGACGGCGUCACGAUGCCCGAGGAGCUCGAGGCGGCCCGGAUGGUCCUCAACGGGAAGAUUUUGGAGCUGGUGGACGCGGUGGCCGUCAGCUCGACGUCGGUCCGUCUCGAGUGGCAGCUGCACAUCUCCAGCACCGAGGAGUACAUCGAGGGACUGUACGUGCGGUACCGCGACCUCGGGUCCAACUCGCAAAAGUACAGCAUGUUGACGAUUCCGAACAAUGCGGCGGAAACGCACGACAUCACCAAUUUGGCCAAGUACACCCGGUACGAGUUCUUCCUGACGCCGUACUUUAAGAACGUCGAGGGACAGCCGAGCAACGCGAAGAUCGUCCAGACGCUGGAGGACGCACCGACGGCGGCGCCGGUGAACAUUCAGACGGGGAUGCUGAACUUGACGGCGGGCUGGGUUAAAUGGACUGCGCCACCGGUGGAGCAUCAGAAUGGAGUGCUGUUGGGGUAUAAGAUUCAGGUGAAAUCCGGCAACUCGUCCAAAAUCCUCGCCUCAAUGACGCUGAACGCCACCACGACCUCCGUCAUGCUGAACAACCUCACCACGGGCGCCACCUACCGGGCCCAGAUCGUGGCGUACAAUCGCAUCGGCGCGGGUCCCUACUCCAAGGCGUCCUACCUGAUCAUGGACCCGGCGCACGUGAUCGCUCCUCCCCGGGCUCACAACUCGCUGAGUGACAUCGGAGGCUAUCGCCAUCACAACUUUAUGCACGAAACUUGGUUCAUGAUCUUUGUGGUGCUGGCGCUGCUGAUCAUUUUGACGUUUACCGUUGUUGGGGUGGUUGUGUUCUUUAAGAAGCGGCAGAACAUGAGCAAGGCGAUCGCGACGGUUCCUGUUAUUACGAGCAGUGAGAUCUCCAACAUGAACAUGAACAUGAAUAUGAAUAUUAGUAGGAAGGACUGCUUGUGGAUUGAUCGAGGUUGGAGGUCGACGGAUACGGAUAAGGAUUCUGGGCUGAGUGAGAUGAAACUGCUGGAGGGAUCGCAGAAUCCUUCGAAUUAUACCGAUGUUGGGACGGAUUACGCCGAGGUUGAUCCUCGGAGUAUAACCUCGUUCUACAAUUGUCGCAAGUCUCCGGAUAACCCUUCACCGUACGCAACGACCAUGAUCAUGAGCGGUAUACCGAACGAAAACGGCAAGCUGCCAUACCAAGAAACGUACUCUUCAGCGGCCUCCAGCGUCCGGUCGGACGUUCCGUACGGACCGGGUCAUCCGAAGGCCUUCGCCAUGCCAUACAAUGCGGCUCCCUCUAACUGGAUCGAUUUCCUACCCCCUCCGCCGGAACAUCCACCGCCAAUUCCGCAAGCUUUAGACCAGCACCUGCAGCACCUGAAUCACCUUAACCAUUUGAACCACGUCGUGUACCCGUCGGAACUGAUGGGUGGUGGAGGAAAUAAUGCCACCUCCAGUUCUCAGGGCUCGCGUUACGGCGUAGGUGGUGGUGGUGAUUCGUCAACCAUGUCCAGCGGGCACAAUGCUCAUCACUCAUAUCAAUACGUAGAUCCAUCACUGCUCGGACGCGGCUCCUCCCGCAGCAGUAGCAACGAACUGCGCAGCCCUCCGCAACCUCCAACCCACCUGUUCCUCCAUCAGAGCCACCAGAUGCCACUGCCGCCGCCCCCGCUGUCCGCGUCGUCCCUCACCAACGGAGGCACGGAGGUGUACUUCCAGGAUGACAUCUACAACAGCCCCGUCAAGAGCUGUGACCAGCUGCCGACCCACUUCCGGAUGCCGGGCUCCUCGUCGGCCAACUCGAUCUCGUGCUGUCCUCCGGCAGGGCGGGGAGGCGGGGGUCCGGGGAUGAAGCAUCAAGACUUUUUGGAGUACCAGCAGCAACAGCAGCAGCACCAGCUGGGACACCUGACGCCGUCGGAGUUGCAUAUCCAUCAUCAGAAACGAUUAUGCGGCAGCUGUGACGCCCUGUCCCCGGGACCUGCUCCUCCUCUUCCAUCCGGCGGCGGACUGCAGAAGAUGCCAUCCUCCGGCGUCAUCACUAAUGGCAGCAGCUCCAACGGCUCCCAUCACGGAGGUCCCGGUGACCCACAUCACCUCUCUAAUCACCAUCACCAGCACCAGUUGGAAAGUGGGGCCAGCUUCAACGGUGGAACCUGCUCCUCGGACGGUUCCGGCCGGAGCGGUGGCACCGGCGGCAGCAGCAGCAGUGGAAGUGGUGGCUUUUCCCAGCGAUCCAAAUUUGCCCGCCAAAUGCAGCAUGUAAAUAGGGAGAACGCCGUCAACGGAAACUAUCAUCAUCAUCAGAAUCAUAAUCAUCAAAACGGACAUCAUCAUCAUCAUCAUCAGAAGCAGCAGCAUCAGGAGCCGAUCAGCGAGCGUGAAGAGACUGAAAAUGAUAAAAUGCUUAAUAUUAGUAGCUACAGCUGUGAGGACGGCGAGGACGGAACGUUGAGUGGGAAUGGACCGGGGCUUCGAGGUGGCCUCGGAACGGACGACUACGAGGAUGACACCUGCUGCUCGUGCAGCGACGAGGGUGGGUCGUUUCUGUACGAGGAACCGAUGCAGGUCAAGUGAGGUGAGCGAUUAAGGUGGGGAGAAAAUAAAUUGUGGGGAGGAGGAAAAGUUCCUGCGAUGAGUGAUUUUUUGUAAAGAUUUUUGGAGUCGAAUCAUGAACAGUAGAGUAAAUGCAAAUAGUGGAAGCGAGUUUAUAAGUAGAAGAUACACUUUUUGGCUUUAAAGUUGUCUGGAACUCGUUUGUAAAGCAUUUCGUGGAUGCAAUCAUUUUGUAUCUAGCAGAUUUAUAUGAUAGUUCUCUAAGGAAGACUAUAGUUUUCAAUAAUUUAGAUUGCUUACACGGAUAGGAAUCCUGUUAGCAAAUCCGGUAACUGAAUGUUGUCGAAUUCGUGAUUAUUGAUUAUUAUUUUUCCGAGUGUUUAAAUAAAAAAAACAGCUUAAUUGAAAAAAAGCAGACGAUUUCGGAUGUUAACAAAUUCGACAACCAGGAGUUAACGAAUUUGUUGAGCUAUCCAUGUAGUAGGUAACUUGUAAGUAAAAUUUUUGUUUUUUUUUUUAUUAUUUGAAACCUAAUCCAUUUAAACCAUUGCCAUUUAAAUUUGUUUGAAUAGUUUUUUCGUUAUAAAAAUCUCAUACUCGCAUAUCAUUCGAAAAUAUUUUUUUCAAUUGUUCAUUUUAUAUUUUCUAUCCAAAAUUAGCAUGAAAGUAAGAUUGACAAAUAAAAAAAAAGUUUAACUGAAAGGAUAAUUUCAAUAACAACAUUUUGUAUUUUGAACCACCACCCUCCUACCUAACAAGAUAAAAGGAUACUCAGAGAGGCUUUUUCAGGCAAUAGUUAUGCACUAAAAAAGAUUGUCUUUCAACCAUGAUUAUUAUUAUUGCAGAAAGUGGACCACUAUUUACAAAAAUUGUUCAAACAUCAAAUCCGAUGUAUAUUUUCGAAAUAACUUAAACUAAUAAUUCCAUUCCAUUAAAAUUUCACAUAUGUAUGAUCAUUUUUAAGAACGCAAUUACGUAAAAAAAUACCAUUUUGCUCGAAUGUUUUGAUUUGGUGUUGCUAAAGAGUACAUAAAUUGAACCAACCACAUGAGCAUGAAUUCUUCGCUACUUCUAGUGACGACUACUCAAUUUAUAAAGAAUAUUUAUCAUAAUUUUGAAGUCUAUUUCUAAAACGCUUCUCAAUUUGCCUAAUCAGAGGGCAUAAUUGUUACCAAUUGUAGGAAUCUUGGGUAAACAAAAACUUUCAUCCUGCCCUUCAACAUUAUUUUUACACUUUUGGUUUUAAAAUGGGUUUGACUCUCAUUUUUUUUUUUAUUUUAUCUUCAUCUUGUUCUCCGGUCAGUUUUACAUAAAAUUAAAUGAAAACCACAAACUAAAAUAAACCCCUGACGAGAAAAGGCGACUUUACUGAGAAAAGUUUGAUUCUGAGAAACAAAGCACACGGAAAUAGAUAGAUCUGUUGCUAGCUAGCCCAAUGUAAGCAUAUUCAGGGCCUACUAAGACAUCACAUUUCCGCUGUAAUUUUAAUUCAGUUCAGUAAUUCAAUCCGUCAUCUGUUUCUCGUCAAUUUAGUUUGAGUUUUUCCUUAUUUUUUAUGUGAAAAUGCCAGAGAGAAAACGAUGGUGGCAAAGUGAAAAUUUUAUUCUAAUCGAAUUCCUUGGACAAUUUUCUAAACAAUGCAACCCGAAGUAAGUCUUUCGCUUUAAUGAGUAGAAGAAACAAAGUUUUUUAGAAAAUAUUCAAACAAUAGGGCAGUCUAUCUCUUUUGCUCAAGUGACAGUUCACGUCAAGUAAGAGGGGGAUAGACUACUUGUUUACAAAGGCCGAUUCGCCCUAUUGAACUGUUAAUACGGAAAUAUAGAGGGAUGGUCCCAUCGGCACCAAACUUGAGAUUUCUGUUAACUAACGAUAGAUGAACGUUCGCUCCAAGUUUGGUCCAUAUUGGUGAAGGUCGAGUCCAUUUGCAAUUAGUUAUUUUUUGUAAAUUACGGUUGAUAUUUAAGCUCUUAUAUUGUUACUUUUGUUAUAAAAAGUAUUAAUUUUGACAUGGAAUUGAUUUUUAUUUAAGACCGAUGUCAAUAUUUUUUAAAGUUUAUGUGUCUUGACUUACCGAAAUCAAAGGAAAAAGUAUUUUUAAAAAAAUGAUUAAAACAUCUGUCGAAGUUUGAACACUUUAUUAACAAAAUUAAAAAUAUUGUUAAUUGGUUCAAUUUUGCUAAAAUUAAUUAUCAAAGCAAAACAUGGAAAUAUGAAUUUGCUUCCAGUUGAUUGCAAGUCAAAAAUUGAUUUUUCAAAAAAAAAAAUUUCCCUGCUGAUUUUUCGGGCAAGUUUUAAAGGGCGAUGGGCUGGCCGCAUAGAAAUGUUUAUUUAUCUUUUAAAUAGAACAUUUUUCUAGAGGUUGUGUCGGUCUCACAUUUUGCGAGAUUUUUCGGGGCAAAUAAAUAAAUUCGAGCCACGCUAUUACAUAAAACUUUGAUGUUACCUAAAUUUAUAGGCAAAGUUAUAGCCUUUGAUUAAUGGAAAAAAUAUGGAAUUAUAAAUUUCAGGCCUAAUGGGUUAUAUUGACCCAAAAUCAAAAUUUUCGGAACUAGCCUUUAAUUUUUGUAUGGGCCAAAUAUAAUUUUCCCACCAUAAUCUGAUUUUUCUCGUUUUUAAUUAGAUUCCGUGUGAAAAUUAGAAAUAAAUUGAUUAAAAACGGUCAAAUUCAAAUUGAGAAAUCUGAACAAAGACACCGAUAGACACGGAGAUAUUUUCAGGAAAUGUAGUUGACAACUUGACAGUGUGUACUUUCAGAUGGUUAGUUCGGUUUUUCGCCAAAAUACGCCAUUUUGAAAACAUAUCAACUUGAAAAUAGGCACGAAAUCACUUAAAAAUAGUUAUAACUCCUCAAUAAAGGCUCUAAAAAUUUAGGUAACUUCGACAAAAAAGUGUGUGAUUUUAUGUCAUGAAAAACUCAGCAGAACAUAGUAGGCCGCUUAAUGCUAACUUUUUUAGUUAUCACCAAAAAAGUGCUUUUUCGACCUUUUUCAAAAAUUUCGUGUUUCUCGUAUAACUAGACCAAGAGAUAGAAAUUUGACAUGUUAGACAAACUUUCAUGAAUUUUUCUCCUCUACACCGCGGCCAAAGACACCAAAGCCCUAAAACGUCAUCCAACAAAGUUAGAUUUUUGUUGAUACCCUGGAAAGUCGUCACCCUGUAGGUCAAUAAUUCCAAGUACAAUAACUCUUUCGAAGACAAAUUAUGUUAUACCUAAACGAAACUGAAGCGUUUACUGAUAUCAACUUCAUAAAUGUCGAGGUUUGUUAUCAAUAAAAUAGCUAUUUCUAUAAGCUUAAAGGUAUGACAUGUUUUUAUAAUUAACAAAUAUUUUUCUAAGGUUUUAAAUUAAUAAUCCUUUCGAAAAUUUGCUCAAGUAAAAGUUAUUGUAUUAACAAUCAAGGACUCACUUUUACCCCGAUUUUUACAAAAAAUAAUCAAUUUAUUGAAGCGCUUUAAAAAAAAGCUUGCAUUGAGAGCUCAUCCCACCGAAUAUCGAAAGAAGAAAUUUACACAUCGAACAGACAAGCCAGCCGAAUCCUCUUUCGCCACGUGUCUCUUUGGAGGAAGUGGAAAGGAAAACAAUUUAAUGUUAGUUUUAGCAUUCAGACUGUGGUUCACGCGGAAGGAGGGGUUGGUUAGGGCAGCUAUUAACUUGUGAAACACACGCGCCACGGAAUACCAAUGAGAACCACUCAAAAUUUUGACUUUCCAACGUUAAAAGUGGUGUAAGUUUUUAUCUUGCAUAGUUUGAAACUGUGGAUUUUUAAGAAUUUGACAAUUUCUAGAUGAUUUUAAACAAUUUCUGCUAAAAUAACGAUUUCUAAUUAAUAAUUUUUGUUUAUUUUUGGACAGCAGCAUGAAUUUACAAUCAAGUAACAAUAUAAAUCUAGCUUGAAAAGGUAAGAUUGUUACCUUUUGUAGAAAAUUAACUGUUUGUUUUUUUCUAAGAUUAAAAUUGCAUGAAAACUUUUCCCUUUCCGACUAAGAUGACAUCACACACACGUAUCAGAGUCGCAUUUGUCCAACAUGUUUUGCAUACCAAAUUUUCCAGCUUUCGGAGAAAAUUUUCGCUUUCAUCUUCCACUUUGAGUCACAUCUCUCGCACAAAUUAUGACGCCAACUUUGGCACUGUAAACGUGCCAGCUUUAAACAUAGUUUCUUCCCCCCUUGGAUCCAUUUCAGAAUGAAAAGGUGAAUGUGUCUCUUUUGGGUGAAAUUUAAUUUUCGUCUGGAAAACUUUACCAGCAUUUGCUCAAGCAAAAGUUUGUCGAAAUGAAACUUUUCCAGCAAUAAUAUUUAGUCUUGAGACGCAAAACUCUCCGCCCUGUGAAUGCUAAUGACUUGUUCAAAGUCUGUCUGAUCGCAGUUUUUUGACGACCAACUCUCUUACUCUGUUCAUGACAGCCACCGCCAUCGCCACACAAUUUGUUUAUCAUUUGCGCUCAAAACGGUCCUUGCCUCCCUCCUCCAGCUCAGAUGAUUAACGAUACAUUUACAGCAAACACAAAUCCUGGCAAAAGCAUCAAACCAAUUAAUCAUAAUCAGCGCAGCUUUGUUAAAUACUGUUGUUUUUAAAUUGAGUGCAGACAAACAAAAAUUGAAACAAACAAAAUGAGAUGAAAUUUAUUCCCGCAGGAGAAAAAUCAUGUAUAUUAUAUUGUACCUGUGAUAUUGUUUAAUGUGAUAAGCCACCCCCCCCUUUUAAUUGUGUAAUCAAACGAAAUGAUUUGUGAAAAUAGCUGCCUGCCAGCAGUUGCGGUUGACACGUUUAUAUCACUUUGGGUUGUAAAUUAUGUCCUGACGAUUAACGAGUAAGAACUUUUAACAAUUCUCUCUAUCUAAAAAUCUCCUUUUUAGUGCAUAGGUUGUAGUUGAAGUUUAAUUUUAAAUCGCAAAAACUAGAAUUGUAGAUAUUCCCAACAAAACAUCAUGUAAAUAUAAAACAUUGAAAAAUCAAUCUCUGUAUCGUAAUCAAUUUUCUUAUCAUCAUCAAAAAGCGCAACAAAAAAAAUAAAAAACAUUUAAGCGGAAGUGAACUACAUCCAAUCAGUAGAAUCUAAGUCAUUAACUUAUUCAAUGUGAACUGAAACAGACACUGC